GUUGCCGCCGGUUUAGGCGCCAGCUUUGGAGACGCAUGACUACAAAACCAUUUUAUGGAAACUACGACGACUCUGGAGUUUGGUCUGAAAAUAACGGUUGUGUGGUUAAGUGAAAUGCAAUGAUAUGUCUUACGUCUACUGCAACCACGUAUCUUAACCGUCUAUGAACAGGCACCGUAGAAAAUGCAACGCUCCCUUUGGUUGCUAUGGUGGUAACGUGAACUCAACGUUAGCAUUGCACUUUACUAAGCUAACGACAUUUAACCAGUCUAUUGGCAGGCGAACGCUACUAUCUUCCAUAUUGUAGCGCUGCUAAUGUUAUUUAUCUUAGACAACGUGCCUAGUGAAACAAAGUGGAUUUUACUGUGGUCGUGGCACUCGGUUGAAGAGGUGCAUCCUCAGCACCCAUCAUGUCUAUAGACUUCGACAGCAACGCGCUGCAGACCCAGCAUGAGGAGGAGGAGUACGAUCCGGAGGACUACGCCAGAGAGCAGGAGCUCCACAAGCUCCUGACGGACCUCCCAGAUGACAUGCUAGAGGACAGCCGUGACUCCUCCCCCGAGCUCAACGACUCGCCCUGCAGUAACCAUGGCAAUGGCAACAGACCUCAGCACGCCUGGAACGGGCAAACUGAAUGGACCAAUCAGAGACCCCCAGCUCUCACUGAGGAUAACUAUGAGGACGAGGGCUCGUACCAUCAGGACUACAGCUAUGAGAACGGCCCCGGCCCACUGGGCCAGGGGGGCGUUCAGGGGUACCCCUACUCCAGCACGGGGCCUGAGGAGUCCUCCUGCACCAACGACUUCUCCAUAGACAAGGGAUACGAGCAGGAACCGCACCCAAACGACCAGCAGAACUACAACCAGUACAGGAACCACUUCCAGAAUGUGGACAAUGGUGGGACAGCAGAGAAGAUGCCCAAUCACCAUAAGGCCACUUUCCAGCCCCGCCAGCCCUCCCAGAUGUUCAGCCCAGAGGGGCAUCAGAACGGGCACCUCCCGAACGGCCACCUCCCGAACGGCCACCUCCCGAACGGGCACCUCCCGAACGGCCACCUCCCGAACGGGCACCUUCCGAACGGCCACCUCCCGAAAGGCCACCUCCCGAACGGCCACCUAGAGCAGCUGCAGCGGGACUUUCUGGACUCCAGACAGAACACGCUGGAGGGCCAGCAGUUGGCGCAGCUGCAGGUGCUGCAUCAGGCCCAGAACAGACAGCUGGAGGAGCUUGAGCGCAAGAUGGAGGACAGCAAACGCAGCAUCCGCUUCCUGGAGCACCAGCUCGCCAUCGUCAAGGAUGAGAAGGAGGGUCUGGCAGUGUCUUUGAAGGAGUCGUCUCGUGUGCUGGAGGAGACUCAGAGCAGAGAGGCUCAGCUGCAGGCCAGCGUCACCGCCCUGGAGCGACAGAUACACACCCUCACCGAGAGAGACCAGGAGAGCCAGAAGAAGCUGUGUGUGGCCGAGGCGGCGGUGGACAGCAUGCAGCAGCAGAUGAUGGAGAUGUGUCGCUCAGACACACUCACCCGCGUCCGAGAGCAGCAUGACCGAGACACACACGCAUUCCGGGAACAGCACGAAGCCAGGGUGCUCAGCCUGCAGCAGAUGCUCGACUCACACACACAUGCCCUGCAGGAACAGACGGAGCUGGGCCAGCGGCUGCGUGAGCAGGUGCGUCAGCUGGAGCGUCAGCGUGAGGAGGAGCAGGUGGAGAGAGCCUCCGUCAUCAACGCCCUCACACAGCGCCUGGAGGACAGCCAGAAGCAGUGUGCCAAGCUGCUGCACACAGGCUCGGUGCAGGAGAUGAGUCAGAUGCAGAUGAGACUGCAGCAGGCCCAGUCUGCCAAGAGCAUGAGCGAGGAGAUGAACAAAGCACUGCAGGAGGAGCUGAGUGAACUGAAGGAUCAGAUCCGGCUGUAUGAGUCUGCAGUGAAGCUAGGGGUGGUGUCCCUGGACAGCAGGGGCGACUGGGACAACCAGCUGUCCGACUCCUACGCAGAGCUGGGCAUCAAGAAGGUCAACUGGAAAAAAACAUGCAUGCACAGCACCCCGGCGCAGGGUGAGGGUGUGGAGCCGAGUGAGGUGGUGCGGGAGCUGCGGGCGGAGCUGCAGCGCUGUCUGGCCAGCCUGAAGGACAAGCGCCAGCGUAUCUCUGACCUGCAGCACGACCUGCACGUCACCCAGGAGCAGCUGCAGCAGCACAGCGCGCACACACACUCCAGCACCAGCACCUCACCGAAGGGAGACGGAAGCCUCCAGAAGCCUGCGGGAGCAGCAGCAGCGUCCUCCUCAGAUCUAACUCUGCUGCAGGAGGAGCGGCAGCACCUGCAGGACAGAGUGGAGGUCUUGGAGAGGCGUAAUGCGGAGCUGAAGCAGAGCGAGGAGAAGGUGAAGGCGGCCAACUCUGAGCUGUGCUCCAAGAUGAGGGAGAUGAUCCAGGAGCUGGACCAGGAGAAGCAGGAGGCAGAGGAGCGGUAUGAGCGGACGCAGCAGCAGUUCCGUGACGACGUGGUGAAGCGUGUGAGUUCGGAGCUGACCCAGGAGCACCAGGCUCAGAUGGAGGAGCUGAGGACCCAACACCAGCAGCAGACCCAGGCCCUAGAGUCUAAGCUGUGUGAGCUGCAGGGGGAGAUGGUUGCAGUACAGGAGUGCUACAUCUCCAUCUGUAAGGAGAAAGACCGGCUGGAGGAGGAGGAGAGUAAGAGGCAGCAGGCGAGUGAGCGUGCUGUGGAGCAGCUGCGUGCAGAGCUGCAGAGUGAGCACCAGGGGGAGCUGUCGCGCCUCAGGAGCCAGUGGGAGGCGGAGCAGCAGGAGCAUCUCCAGAGCAACCUGGCCUCGGCCCAGCAGAGCUGGCAGCAGCAGCAGCAGGAGGUGGAGCGGGCCUGGUCUGUGCGUCUGGAGCGCGCGGUGGAGGAGGAGCGGAGGCGGCGGGCGGCGGUGACCCAGGAGGGGGGCUGCCAGACGGAGGCUCGGGAGGAGGUGCAGGCCCCCAUGGUCCCUCGGGAGGAGGUGCAGGCCCCCAUGGUCCCUCGGGAGGAGGUGCAGGCCCCCGCGGGCCCUCGGGAGGAGGUGCAGGCGCAGCUGCAGGAGCAGAGGGAGCGGCUGCAGAGGGAGGCGCAGGAGGAGCAGGUGGCGGCCGUGGAGGCGGCCGUGAGGAGGGCACAGCGGGAGCUGCAGCAGAAGCACCUCAAGGAGGUGGCCAAACACGUGGAGGGGGCCGUGUCCAGGGCUCAUAGCCGCUGGCUGGAAGAGCUGCCCACACAACCGGAGUACAAGGCCAGACUGCAGGCUGAGAAAAGCCAGUGGGAACAGCACACACACACACAGAUCUCCGCUGCUGUAGAGGCUGCAAAGGACCAAUGGGAGGAGGCCGCGCAGGCAGACAGGGCGGAGCUGGAGCAGAGCAGAGAGCGUAUUGGCCAGCUGCAGGAGGAGGUGCGGUCCCUUCAGGAGGAGGCACGCUCCCUGGGCGAGCAGCAGGAGGCGCUGCUCGGAGCGGAGCUAGCCGCGGCCCGCGCCUCCUGGACCCGCCGGCAGCAGGAGGAGACGGGCCGUCUCCAGAACCAGCACCAGACCCAGCUGGAGCAGGACCUGCAGCGGGCCAGAGAGGAGGCGCAGCAGGAGGUGAAGGAGGGCCUGCAGGAGGCGCUGCAGCUGCUGAGGAGAGAGGGGGAGAGGACAGAGGAGAAGAGCGACUGCAGGAGAGGGGGGCUGAGGGAGCUCUGCAGGGAGGCGCUGGCUAGAGCUGUGGCCAUCGCCCGCCAGGACUGGAGCAAGAGGAGUGAGGAGAAACUGAGGCACGUGCUGAAGGAGAUGCAGGAGCGACACCAGAAGGAAAUUCUCCAGCUGCAGAACUCGUCAGCGGAGGGCUCGGAUGUUCCGUGUGUCAGUAAGCGUUGCUCGGAGACGGCCUCCCGACUGCAGAAGAAGACUCAGGAGCUGCAGAGGCAGCUGGAGAAAGCCUGCAGACAACUGCAGCAGACCACCAGAGACCACCGCACCACAGUGCAGUACAGACAUGCAGAGCACGAGGAGGUCUUGCGACAGGAAAGGGAAGCCCAUGCCAAGGCUGUGGAAGAGGCCAAAAGAUCUGCUCAGGAGGAAGGUCAUGGCGGUCAGAAGAGCCUCCAGGCUGGCCUGGAGGAGAUGAAGGAGCAGUACACUGGCGCGGUGGAGAAGAUCAGAGGGGAUAUGCUGCGGUAUCUGCAGGAGAGUAAGGAGCGUGCGGCAGAGCUGAUCCGUGGGGAGGUGCAGAGGGAGCGCCAGGAGACGGCCAGACGCAUGCGGCGAUACUACCUCACCUGCCUGCAGGAGCUGCUGCACGAUGGGGGGCACGCCAACGGCGCUGCUGAGAAGAAAAUCAUUAACGCAGCCAGCAAACUAGCCGCCAUGGCCAAAGUCUUGGAGACGCCCAUGAACAAGAAGAAACUCGGCAAGAGCCAAACCGCCCAAGAGGAAGCCAACCUCAUCAGUGUUCCAGGCCAGACUCCCAGAGUUCCCUCUGGCCUGGCCCCUACCUCUGCGCUGGGAGACCCUGUAGGAGUAAGGCCUCAGGCCCUGGCCUGUGUCAGAGAGGCUUCGGAGAGCAGUGGCCAAUCAAACGCUUGCGCCAUCUCGGCCCCAGAAAGCAGCAGCCUGCCCAGGGGCCUGGGGGACCGCACGGCCUCAGAGAGCAGGGGGGCCCCCAGAGAGCAGCCCCAGGGCCUGAGGGGCCCCACGCCUCCACAACUGAAGCCUCCGGCCUCCCAGAAGCCCCCCAUGUCCGCCGCACCCCCCCCCUCCUCGUCCUCGGCGCACGGCGGGCGCCAGAGGGCAGACGCCAGCCGGGCACACGUCACCCUGAGGAGCCAGCACAGGGAGCGGGAGAGAGAGAAGGAGCCACCGCAGCAGCGUCCACGCCGCUCUGACUCGGAUCCAGGGAGGCCCACUGACCUGCUGGCCCACUCACACCUGCACCAGGAGGCCCACUCACACCUGCACCAGGAGGCCCACUCACACCUGCACCAGGAGGCCCACUCACACCUGCACCAGGAGUCAUCCUUCGCCCAGGAGCCUCCGGUCAGGGACGGGGGCCAGAGUGAAUGGAGCAUCGCCAUUGCUGGCUCGUACUUGCCCCCGCACACACACACUCUCAGUAGCAGCGCUGGCUCCUACCAGCCCGCACACACACACUCGCACACACACGCACUCACACUCAGUACCAGCGCUGGCUCCUACCUUCCCCAGCGCACACACACUCCUGUAGCAGACCUGUUUGGGCCGCUGUCUGCGUUAGGGACAGAGUUUGACGUGUGCGGCAGCUUCCUGGGAGACGCCACUGACUCCACCAUCUACAGGCAGAUUGUUAAGGCGACGUCGGGCCUCCCGGAGGGGUUGGGCCGACUCGCUCCUAAGAGCCUCUUCGAGCUGAAAGGGCCGCAGCAGGACAGCGGCUUCAGCAGCCCCCCCUCCCAGCUGAGGAAGAGACCUGCCUGAGGAGACACACACACACACACACAGUCUCCACUUUGGACCUCUCAUUCGGUCUUUCACAAGCUCUGCUUUGGGCUGUGUUGGCAAGCCAGAGCGGAGAUCUGUUUUUAUAUUUGUUUACACUCACCAGAGGGGGGGGCUUGAGGAAUGUGAAGUUUGUGUCAGAAUCAAGUGCCUUGUCUGCAUAAACUGGUACACUGGCCCUCCAGAGUGCAAGAAUUGCUUUUAUUGUAUUUAUGAUGUAAAAUAAGUUUAUUCAUUUUAAGUGUUCUUCCAUUUGUUUUUAUACCAGUCGCUAUGAUUUGUGUUGGAUCCCAGUCUGUUAUCUUCCCCAAUUAAAUGUUUUUUGUUUUUUUAUACCAGUUGCUAUGAUUUGUGUUUUGGAUCCCAGUCCGUUGUCUUCCCUAAUUAAAUGGCUUUUAUG